AUGCAAAGUUUAUAUUUCAACCACGACAUUCCAGAUGUCGUAUUAAAGAGCUUUUUCAAAAAGUACGACGCGGACAACAGCGGAUUUCUCGACAAGAAGGAACUUUCAAGUUUACUGAAAGACGAUCUGGGCCUGACUACUGCCCAAACGGAAGUGUAUAUCCAUCUUCUGGAUGAAGAUGGCGACGCAAAAAUUAGUUCCGACGAAUUCUGCACCUGGCUUCGGAGCAACGAGCGAUUCAGUUUGGUGGACAAUUCGUCGCGCUACUAUAGAGUGAGCAAAGCCGUGGAGCUGUUCAAAAAGUAUGACAGGGAUGGAAGUCAAAGUAUCAGUUGUAAUGAGUUUACAAACUUGUUGACCGAACUGGGUUACAAAAUGUCGAUUUUGACGCAGCAUUCAAAGCCCUUGAUGCUGACGGAAAUGGAACAAUAUCGUUUCUGGAGUUCCUUAAGUGGCUCAAUUGGGUCCCGUUAG